AUGAAGCCACCAUCAUUCCACAGGGAUGUGGACCCGUUGAAGGCCGAAGCUUGGGUCCUUGGCAUUGAGAAGUUAUUUGAAGUAUUCGCAUGUCUGGAGACACAGAAAGUACAAUUGGCCGCCUUUACACUGGAAGAUGAAGCGAGAAGGUGGUGGAUGCUAAUCUGUGAUGAUAACAAGGUCAUUGAUUGGGUACAGUUUCUUGUACUCUUUUAUGAGAAAUAUUUUCCACAGUGUGUCUGUGAUAGAAAAGUGUCAGAAUUUGAAGGACUGAAGCAAGACAACCUGAUCGUAGCCGAGUAUGAAGCCAAAUUCACUGAAUUGGCAAGAUUAGCCCCAUAUAUGGCUGAUACCGACUAUAAAAAGGCGAGGAAGUUUGAAAAUGGUCUUUGCAAUGACAUUCUGGAAAGGGUGAAUGUGUUGAAAUUGCCCAUUUAUAUUGAUAUGUUAGACCAAGCUUUAAUGUUAGAAGCUAACAUGGCCAACCGAGGUAAACCACCAGCCGAUUGGAAGGCUAAAAGGCAAGGCUUUUUCUUAGGGAAGAAAUCAUCAAAGAAACAACACACGGGGUCCUCAAGCGCUUCAGGCUCCACCAGAAAUACGGCACCAACAUGUACCCAAAUGUGGCAAGAAGCAUCGCGGGGUUUGCUACCGUAUCUCCAGGGCAUGCUACAGAUGUGGUGA